CAAAAUAUUACAUAAAACAAAUGAGUAAUCCAAACUAUUGCUUAAGAAACGGUGUUUCGUUUUACAAUUAAUUAUCGUACAACUAUUUCAGACGGGCUUGACUGUUACACCUGCACCAGUGCUACCCAUAUCUCCGAAUGCAAGUCUACAACAACAUGCAAUGCAGGCGAGAUUUGCUUCUCUGAUCAUAUUCAAACACCAAAUGGAGUUCAAUAUUCGUUCGGAUGUCGGCUGGAUACGGAAUGUAAAACUAUUGUUGCGAAGGGUAACAAUGUUGGGUCUGGGUCUCUAGUUGGAAGGUCAACAAUGACGGGACCUUGUUUUGAAUGUUGUAAGGAACAGCAUUGUAACAGACAACUUUGUUUACAUUCAUUCUCAGAGAAAGAGUGUGCGGACAGUACGGAAAUACACUGCUCAACUGUUGGAGCUUUGGUAGACAUGUGUUCUGAUACAGAAAAAGCAAACACGUUGUGUAGAAGAUUUUGCGGCUUGUGUAAUUAUGUGAAUGGACACUGGUCAAGUUGGUUUUCAUGGUCAAAUUGUCACGUGACUUGCGGGGCUGGAACUCAAACAGCGCUCGCAACUGCACAGAGCCAGCACCUUCCGGCGGAGGUCAUUUCUGUGAGGGACAAUCACUCGACACACAGGACUGUACAGAGGAACCUUGUCCAAUACAUGGAUCAUGGGCUGGCUGGACACCCUGGGGAAGUUGUAGUGUUACAUGUGGCAUAGGUUUACAGAGAAGGGAUAGAUCAUGCUCAAACCCGUAUCCUGACAGGUUUGGAGACCACUGCUACGGGGAUUCAAGAGAUGACAAAAUUUGUCUUACAAAUGCAUGUGCAGAGACAGACGGAGGAUGGAGUACUUGGACUGAAUGGACACACUGUAGCGCUACCUGUAACACAGGCAUAAGGUCACGUUUGCGGGACUGUGAUAGGCCUUUUCCGUCUUCCGGUGGGAAGUUCUGUCCGGGUAGCCCAUAUGAUGUACAACAGUGUGUCAUUAAACCUUGUCCAAGAAAACUUUCCGCUUUUACUGCAAAGCAGCCGAGUAGUGGAUAUUGCCGAAAAACUUAUGGUAUAUUUCAUUGGACGUCUAAAGUUAUUUUUUGUUACGUAUCAUUCAAAAACGUUGUAUUGAAUGAGGGAAAUCGCUAUCAUAACGGUAACUUCACUUGCCUGUAUCCAGGUCUGUACUAUUUUGAAGCUUAUCUUACUGCACAAAAUAAAGGGAGUAACCAUUUUCAAUGUAUGAUUCUAAAAAAUGCUCGGCCUGUAAUCUUUUUUUAUCAAAUAAAUCCAGACAAAACUGGCAACGGAACUCUCUCUACAACAGGAUCAACCACCUUGCAUCUUAAAAAAGGGAGACGUUGUUAACGUACGUUGUACACAUGAAAUUAACCAGCUGCACUCUACCUCAGCGUUCAGCGGAUUUCUUGUUAGUCCGGAUCUAUAGCUGUGUUUCCGCCUUGAAAUGUUGAUAGAAGUUAUACUGGCAAUGAUGCCUCGCCUUGUUUGCAGAUAUAGACUCAUUCCUAAAUUUUGUAUGCUUUAGUUAUUUCUUUUUUUUUCUUUCAAAUUUAGUCCCAUGCUAUUCUCUAAAUUAUUGUUAAGGCCAAUUAGCAAAAUAAACUAACAGAAACUUUUAGAGUA